AGAAAAGUGCCUGAAUCUUGUCGGACGGUAUCAUUCCUAUGGUCCAGCUGUCAAGUGCGUUUAUAGUUGGUUGCGAUCGCUCCUUCCAAUUCAAAUCCAUAGACAUCAUUUCUGUCAAUUGCUUCGACGCACACCUACUGUCAUUCCAGGAACAUACAUAUCUGUGCGUCUCGGAAAUCAUCUGAGGGAAUACAAUACUGUUCGCACUGCACAGUGGUUUACUUUCAGUAGCCAUGUGGUCCUUUUCCACUCUCUCCAUCGUUGCUUGGCUGGGAGGCUUCCACGCCUUACAUGUAAAUGCCAUACAGACCAUAUCUGCCGUGGGCUCAAAGUUCUUCUACGAAGAUGGGACUCAGUACUUUCUAAAGGGCAUUGCCUAUCAACUCAUUCCCGAAGAUCCCUUGGUUGACACGGCACAAUGCAAGCGCGACGUUGCUCGCAUGGCCGAGCUGGGCACUAAUGCAAUCCGUGUUUACCACGUCGAUCCCAAAGCUAACCAUGAUGGCUGCAUGGAGGCACUGGCGGCUGCAGGGAUCUACCUUUUCGUGGAUCUAGACACAUUCGAUACGUCGAUCAGACAGGACAAACCAGAGUGGACUCACGCCCAGUUUGAUCGCUAUAAGGCCGUGUUGGAUGAAUUCCAAAAAUACAACAACACCGCCGGGGUGUUUGUCGGCAACGAGGUUAUCAAUACUAGGGAAGGCUCGGCCGCCGCUCCGCAUGUCCUGGCCGCAGCGUGUGAUAUCAAAUCAUACCGCAACGAAAAGGGCUAUCGGAACAUCCCGGUCGGUUAUUCGGCAGCCGAUAUUGCAGAACUGCGUCCUAUGCUGCAAAAUUACCUGGCUUGUCGCCCUGAUCCUGCGGACCGGCUGGAUUUCUUUUCACUCAAUGCCUAUGAAUGGUGUGGUCGCUCUUCCUACGAGACAUCCGGCUACAAGACUCUCCAGAGCCAUGUGAGCGAAUACCCUAUUCCAAUAUUCUUCUCAGAAACGGGCUGCAACGUGGCACGGCCACGGACCUUUGAAGACCAGGCUGCCAUUUUCGGCCCUGAGAUGUCAAACACUUGGUCUGGCUCGAUUGUGUACGAAUGGAUCCAGGAAGCCAACGACUACGGCCUCAUCAAUUACGGUCCGCUCCCAGGCGCGCCACCCGCCAAAAACCCCGUUCAAGAUGGCUUUACUCGCCAGGGAGAGCCUAUCCCCGUGGCUCCAGACUUCCAUAACCUGAAAGCGCAAUGGGUCUCGUUAAGGCCUACCGGAGUUGUCUUAUCGGACUAUGUAAAAUCCACUUCCACCAUCAAGCCCGCAUCCUGCCCCGCUUCGACGCCCGGUGGAUGGGCCGUAGAUCCUAAUCAACCUCUUCCUACCCUCGUCCAGAAUUUCCAUCGAGCUCCCCCAGAUGCGACAGCUUUUCGUUCAAAUUCUGGUUCCGGUUCUGGGCUUGACUCCGCCUCUAAGCCUGACUCCGGAUCAGACCCAAGCUACCGUUCAGCACGUGUGACCUCAGUUGCACCCACAGGCUAUCACGUCUAUAGUGCCGUCAAUGGUGUAUCUUCUACCUCCUCGGGAAUGAGCAACUUUGAUAGUCUUACCGGCGUGUCUCUUUUUCUAUGCAUGUGUUCGAUCAGUGCCUUGGCCCUGUGGCUUUGAUGACUACACUGGAUGGUCCUGGCUAGCGCUGCCCUCCUCUUCGUUCUCCUUCUUCUAUUCUUGUCGUUUCCGGCCUCAGGGGCAACCCAGUUGGUCCACGAAGUACGUCUGUUAAAUUAUCUUAGGCUCGGUAGUUCCUAAAAUAGCAUAAUAG